AAAAGCAGACCCGGUUCAGACUGUAGGGUGCCUGUACCCCUCUCGCAAGAAAGCUGUAUCGAAUUGCAUCGUAUUUUGGACUUCAGAGACCUCCUCAUUCCGCGCUUCGUCUUCUUCAGAUCGUCACUUCUGAAUGGGCGCUUGAUCUUUGGAUGGCGAAAGCUUUGUUAGAUGGUCCCCCGAAGGGUGGGUUUAGUUUUGAUAUGUGCCGGAGGAACGAUAUGCUCGUGAAGAAGGGAAUACAGCUCCCGGGUUUCAGGAAGACCGGAACCACCAUUGUUGGCUUAGUUUUUGAGGAUGGGGUUAUUCUAGGAGCUGAUACGAGAGCAACAGAAGGACCUAUAGUUGCCGAUAAGAAUUGUGAGAAGAUUCAUUACAUGGCACCAAACAUCUAUUGCUGUGGAGCUGGAACUGCUGCAGACACUGAGGCCGUGACAGACAUGGUAAGCUCUCAGUUGCAGCUACACCGCUAUGCGACUGGGCGUGAAUCAAGGGUUGUCACUGCUCUUACCCUUUUGAAGUCACACUUGUUUAGCUACCAAGGUUAUGUUAGUGCUGCAUUGGUCCUUGGUGGUGUUGACGUGACUGGACCGCAUUUGCAUACAGUCUAUCCACAUGGUUCGACUGAUACUCUCCCAUUCGCUACGAUGGGUUCGGGUUCUUUAGCUGCAAUGGCUGUUUUUGAAUCGAAGUACAAAGAAGGUUUGACUAGGGAGGAUGGAAUAAAACUUGUUUGUGAGGCCAUAUGCUCUGGUAUCUUCAAUGAUUUGGGAAGCGGAAGCAAUGUUGAUGUUUGUGUGAUAACUAAGGGCAAAACAGAUUAUUUGAGGAACCACCAGUUACCAAAUCCUCGGACAUAUAUUAGUUCUAGAGGCUACUCUUUCGCUAAGGGCCAUACUGAGGUUUUGUCAACAAAGAUCAUUCCGCUGAAACCAAAAGUGGAGGUAGUUGCUGAGGUUGAUGCCAUGGAAGAAGAGUAAGGCAGAUUAUUUUGCAUCUGCUGCUGCUGCUUGGCUUUGUUUUUAGCUUAAUCAAUGCAUCAAAUUGUGCCAACAAGAUCUUUCCUUCGAAUAUUUAUUUCCUUGAAUUCUCUUUUGUUUCGUGUUAUGCUUAUCUUUUAUC